AUAAUAAUUAAAAAAGAAACCCCAAUGCAAACUGAAACAACCAUGUCUGGAGAAGUACGUUUGAAGCAGCUGGAGCAGUUUAUUUUGGAUGGGCCAACUCAGACUAAUGGUCAAUGCUUCAGUGUGGAAACCUUGCUGGAUAUACUCAUCUGCCUUUAUGAUGAAUGUAAUAAUUCCCCUUUGAGAAGAGAGAAGAAUAUUCUUGAGUAUCUAGAAUGGGCCAAACCUUUUACAUCUAAAGUGAAACAGAUGCGACUACAUAAAGAAGAUUUUGAAAUCCUGAAGGUGAUUGGUCGAGGAGCCUUUGGGGAGGUUGCAGUAGUAAAAUUGAAAAAUGCAGAUAAGGUUUUUGCGAUGAAGAUACUUAAUAAAUGGGAGAUGCUGAAGAGAGCUGAAACAGCCUGUUUUCGAGAGGAGAGAGAUGUGUUAGUGAAUGGAGAUAAUCAGUGGAUCACAACAUUGCAUUACGCAUUCCAGGAUGAAAACUAUUUAUACCUGGUUAUGGAUUACUAUGUUGGAGGAGACCUGCUUACCUUGCUCAGCAAGUUUGAGGACAGACUACCUGAAGAUAUGGCUCGUUUUUAUUUGGCUGAAAUGGUGAUAGCUAUUGAUUCUGUUCAUCAGUUACAUUAUGUCCACAGGGAUAUUAAACCAGACAACAUCUUGAUGGAUAUGAACGGGCAUAUUCGAUUAGCAGAUUUUGGUUCUUGUCUGAAACUGAUGGAAGAUGGAACGGUGCAAUCUUCAGUGGCAGUUGGAACUCCAGACUACAUCUCUCCAGAAAUUUUGCAGGCCAUGGAAGACGGAAAAGGGAAGUAUGGGCCUGAGUGUGACUGGUGGUCCCUAGGCGUUUGCAUGUAUGAAAUGCUUUAUGGAGAAACGCCCUUUUAUGCAGAGUCCUUGGUGGAGACCUAUGGGAAAAUAAUGAACCACAAAGAGAGAUUUCAGUUUCCCACUCAAGUGGCGGAUGUCUCUGAAAGUGCAAAGGACCUCAUUCGAAGGCUCAUUUGUAGCAGAGAGCAUCGACUUGGACAAAAUGGGAUAGAAGACUUUAAGAACCAUCCGUUUUUUGCUGGAAUUGACUGGGAUAAUAUUAGAAACUGUGAGGCACCUUACAUCCCAGAAGUCAGCAGCCCCACUGAUACAUCAAACUUCGAUGUGGAUGAUGAUUGCUUAAAAAAUUCUGAAACUAUGCCUCCACCAUCACACACUGCAUUUUCUGGCCAUCAUUUACCGUUUGUGGGUUUCACAUAUACAAGUAGCUGUGUGCUUUCAGACCGCAGCUGUCUAAGACUGACAGCUGGACCACCCUCCAUGGACAUUGAUGCCAGCAUCCAAAGAACUCUGGAGGAUAGUUUAGCAACAGAAGCUUAUGAGAGGAGAAUAAGACGUCUAGAACAGGAAAAGCUUGAACUUAGUAGAAAACUGCAAGAGUCCACCCAGACGGUCCAGGCUCUGCAGUAUUCAACAGUGGAUGGCCCAAUAACAGCAAGCAAAGAUUUAGAAAUUAAAAGCUUAAAGGAAGAAAUUGAAAAGUUGAAGAAACAGGUAACAGAUUCUGGUCAGCUGGAACAACAACUUGAGGAGGCCAGCACUGCGAGGCGAGAGCUAGACGAUGCUUCCAGACAAAUAAAGGCUUUUGAGAAACAGGUCAGAACGCUGAAGCAAGAGAGGGAAGAUCUUAAUAAGGAACUGGCAGAGUCUAGUGACAGAUUAAAAUCCCAAGCCAAAGAGCUGAAAGAUGCACACAGCCAGCGGAAAUUGGCAAUGCAGGAGUUCUCAGAGAUGAAUGAGCGGCUGACAGACUUGCACUCUCAAAAACAAAAGCUUGCCCGCCAGCUCCGAGAUAAGGAGGAAGAAAUGGAAGUGGUGAUGCAAAAAGUAGAAAGUUUAAGGCAAGAGUUACGCAGAACAGAGAGAAUAAAAAAAGAACUGGAAGUUCAAGCUGAAGCUGCAGCUGCUGAGGCAUCCAAAGACAGGAAAUUGCGAGAGAGAAGUGAGCAGUACUCUAAACAGCUGGAAAGCGAAGUAGAAGGGCUAAAGCAAAAGCAGAUUGGUCGCUCACCUGGCGUAAGCAGUAUAGAGCACCAGCAAGAAAUCACUAAGUUAAAGGCAGAUCUGGAAAAGAAGAGUGUUUUCUAUGAGGAGGAAUUAUCGAAGCGAGAAAUAAUGCAUGCUAACGAAAUAAAGAAUCUGAAGAAAGAACUGCGGGAUGCAGAAAGCCAGCAGCUGGCCCUCAAGAAAGAGAUCAUGAUUUUGAAAGACAAGCUAGAGAAAACCAGAAGAGAAAACCAAAGUGAAAGAGAGGAAUUUGAAACAGAAUUCAAACAGAAAUAUGAACGCGAAAAGAUUCUGCUAACAGAGGAAAACAAAAAACUUUCAAAUGAACUUGAUAAGCUCACCACCAUGUUUGAGAGGCUAAGUAUGAACAACCGGCAGCUGGAAGAAGAGAUGAGGGACUUGGCUGAUAAGAAGGAGUCUGUGGCCCACUGGGAGGCCCAGAUCACUGAGAUCAUCCAGUGGGUGAGUGAUGAAAAAGAUGCUCGAGGUUACCUUCAAGCCUUGGCCUCCAAAAUGACAGAAGAGCUAGAGGCCCUGAGGAACUCCAGUUUGGGUGCAAGAGCAACAGACAUGCCCUGGAAGAUGCGUCGCUUUGCAAAACUAGAUAUGUCAGCCAGAUUGGAACUACAGUCAGCUCUCGAUGCAGAAAUCCGAGCUAAGCAGGCUAUUCAAGAUGAGUUGAAUAAAGUCAAAGCUUCCUGUAUCUCUACAGAGUGUAAAUUGCAAGAAUCUGAGAAGAAGAACAUGGAACUGUUGACAGAUAUUGAAAGACUGAAAAAGGAGACAGAAGAGCUUAGAUCAGAAAAGGGUGUAAAGCACCAAGACUCACAGAAUUCUUUCUUGGCAUUUUUGAAUGCGCCUACCUCUGCUCUGGAUCAAUUUGAACGCUCUCCUUCCCGUAUUCCAGCCAACCAAGGCAGACGUAUCGAUUCAGUUGAGAACUUUACGUUGUCUAAUACGCCAUCACGGGAUGAAGAUAUCAAGUCUCACCUCCAUUCAAGAUCAAGGUCUCCUUCUACAGCUAGUGAGAUUGAACCGAUUGAGGUUACAGAUCAUCCUCCCCGUUCAAUUCACACACCAACCAUGAGGACAGCCUAUAUUGGAUCGGGACUCUCUGCACCAAAGCCUAAAGCCCACCAGUUUGUAGUGAAAUCAUUUAAUACCCCAACAAAAUGCAAUCAAUGCACGUCGCUGAUGGUUGGUUUAAUAAGACAGGGCUGCACUUGUGAAGUAUGUGGAUUCUCCUGCCACGUGACCUGUGCAGACAAGGCCCCUGCAGUAUGUCCGAUCCCUCCCGAGCAGACUAAGGGUCCCUUGGGGAUAGAUCCGCAGAAAGGCAUAGGAACAGCGUAUGAAGGGCAUGUCCGUGUACCAAAACCAGCUGGAGUAAAGAAGGGUUGGCAGAGAGCACUGGCAGUGAUCUGUGAUUUCAAACUCUUCCUGUAUGAUGUAGCAGAAGGAAAAGCCUCCCAGCCCAGUGUGAUAGUGAGUCAGGUUAUUGACAUGAGGGAUGAAGAAUUCUCAGUGAGUUCCGUCUUGGCCUCUGAUGUCAUCCAUGCAAAUCGAAAAGAUAUUCCCUGUAUCUUUAGAGUCACAGCAUCCCAGCUCUCUGCGUCCAGUAAUAAGUGUUCAAUCCUGAUUCUAGCAGACGGUGAGAAUGAAAAAAGCAAGUGGGUAGGAGUCUUGAAUGAAUUGCAUAGGAUCUUGAAGAAAAACAAACUCAAAGACCGUUCAGUCUAUGUUCCAAAAGAGGCUUAUGACAGCACCUUACCCCUCAUCAAAACAACGCAGUCAGCAGCAAUCAUAGACCAUGAAAGAAUAGCUCUGGGCAAUGAAGAAGGGUUAUUUGUUGUGCACGUCACCAAAGACGAGAUUAUUCGUGUUGGUGACAAUAAGAAGGUUCAUCAGAUUGAGCUUAUCCCAAAUGAACAGCUCAUUGCAGUGAUCUCAGGACGAAACCGUCACGUGCGGCUUUUCCCUAUGGCUGCCCUGGAUGGAAGGGAGACUGAGUUUUAUAAGUUGGCAGAAACAAAAGGCUGCCAGUCUGUAGUUUCUGGACAUGUGCGCCAUGGAGCCCUUACUUGCCUAUGUGUAGCUAUGAAAAGGCAGGUCCUCUGUUAUGAACUGAAUCAGAGUAAGACACGUCACAAAAAGAUCAAGGAGAUCCAAGUCCAGGGGAAUGUCCAGUGGAUGUCAGUCUUCAGUGAGCGUCUCUGUGUGGGCUACCAGUCAGGUUUCUUAAAAUAUCCCCUUCAUGGAGAAGGUAGCCCAUACAGUCUGCUCCAUCCAGAUGACCACACACUAUCAUUUAUCUCACAGCAGCCAACUGAUGCCAUCUGCGCAGUCGAAAUCUCAAAUAAAGAAUACCUGCUGUGUUUUAGCAGCGUAGGGGUUUACGUUGACUGCCAGGGCCGAAGAUCUAGACAACAAGAACUGAUGUGGCCCGCAACUCCAUCUUCUUGCUGUUACAAUGCACCAUACCUCUCUGUAUACAGUGAAAAUGCAGUUGACAUCUUUGACGUGAACUCCAUGGAUUGGAUUCAGACUAUUCCACUCAAAAAGGUACGACCCUUGAAUACAGAAGGAUCACUAAACCUUUUGGGACUGGAGACGAUUCGAUUAAUAUAUUUCAAAAACAAAAUGGCAGAGGGUGAUGAACUGGUAGUUCCUGAGACAUCAGAUAACAGCCGGAAGCAAAUGGUUCGAAACAUCAACAACAAGCGGCGCUAUUCUUUCAGAGUACCGGAGGAGGAGAGGAUGCAGCAGAGGAGGGAGAUGCUACGAGAUCCAGAAAUGAGAAAUAAAUUAAUUUCUAACCCAACUAAUUUUAACCACAUAGCACAUAUGGGUCCAGGAGAUGGUAUACAGAUUCUCAAAGACCUUCCAAUGCAGCAGCGAGGGCGGCAGGCGCAUGGGCCACCACGUGAGGAAGCUGAGGAGAGGCCGGGGCGGCGCUCCCCUUCCCAGUUCCCUCAGCAUCACGACAGUCUGAUCUCCUCUCCGAGCAACUUUGAACACGUCUACCACAUGACUGUAAAUUCAGCCGAAAAAUUCCUCUCUUGCGAUUCCAUAAGCCCUGCACACCCCCCGCCUCCGUGGCCUAUCCCCGGGCCUCCCGGCCCUCUGGCUCUGAGGAAUCUCCGGCCUCAGGAAAGUCGGACGGUGUUCAGUGGCUCUGUCAGUAUCCCAUCGAUCACGAAAUCCCGCACAGAACCGGGACGAUCAAUGAGCGCGAGCAGCGGCUUGGCGGCAAGAUCGUCUGCACAAAACGGCAGUGCUUUGCGGAGGGAAUUCUCAGGAGGUAGCUAUGGAGCAAAGCGCCAGCCUAUGGCAUCGCCGUCGGAUGGUUCCUUAUCCUCUGGUGGUCUGGACCAAGGCAGUGAUGCACCGACAAGGGACUACGAGCGAGAGGACUCCGACUCUCCGAGACACUCUACUGCGUCAAACAGUUCCAACCUCAGCAGCCCUCCCAGCCCGGUGUCACCUCACAAGACCAAGAGCCUCUCCUUGGAGAGCUCUGACCACGUGAGUUGGGACUCAUGAACUGCUUCAGCAUUCAGAUUUGACAUCACAGCCGCUUAAUGUCCCCAUGGCUGUCCCCUUCACUUGUUCCAGUUCUCACCUUCAUUAUCCUAACCCUCCCCAUUCCCUGUCUGAAAGUGAUCUGGGAGUGGGGUAGAGAGGAAGGUAAAAGCUGGUCGUCGUCAGCACCAUUCAGCACUGUCUCACCCUCCUUUCCCCAGAUUUAACAGCAGCAAAUGAGCAAAGCUAGGGUGCUGGUAAAUAUCAGAUGCUGUAGAUUUGUAUUAGUAUUGGUUUCAUUUUUGUGGUUACAGCUGCUUUCCUUUUUCAAGAUAUAUUUAUCCCACCCCCCACUCCCAAAAAAGUAGCUUAAAUAGACCAGACUAGUGUCAACAAGAGAAAAUUCAGAGGGAUUUUGUUUUCAUACAACAACUCAUUGUACUGUACAAAAGUAGCACAGAGACCCCCUCCCCUGCGUGGGGAACAAUCAGUAUGUCAGAGGCACAUAAAAGCUUUCAGCCGCCACGUUUGAAUGUCAAUCUGAUUGUUGCCAGCAAAUCCUUAUUGAUUAAAAUGAUGCAUAUUUUACUACAGUACAGAGUUUAAAUAAAUACGCAGAUGUUAGAGUUAAAUACGUAUGUAUAUAUUCAAAGAAAAAGCAUUGUGUAUGCAGCAGAAGAUGGAUGCUUAUUUAAGAGAGCCUUUAAUUUAAGAAAGAUUUGUGUUGUCCCUGUUUUCAUGCUCAGUAAUAUACAGACUUGGAGGCCUGGCCUAAAACCUUUUGCAGGACGGAUGUUCCUUCUGCAUAGCACUCACUGCACUGCCAGGAGGAGUCCUCCCAGUGCAGUCGCAACAUUUCUUUACUUCUGGCAGUCGCAUAAUUGAAGCUGUAAUCCCUACUUUCCUGUUAACCCCCAUCCUUUGCAAAAAUGACAGUGAUUGGAAAGCAAGCCCCUGCCCUGACAGUCACGGGCACCCUUCAGCCAGGUGGUUGCCCUGGUUUCUUGUGUGCUAGCUGUGCAGCUGAGGCACCUUAGGGCACGCUACAGUAGAGGUCCUUAAGGCAGCAAGGGAGUUCAAUGCAGCAGGAUUCGGCAGGAAUACUGUUUCCCUGGGUCAGCAUUUGACCAGGUUUUACUAGAAGGGAGCAGUCUUCCACAUCUCCGUGACCGUUCCUAACCAGAACACUACUGCUGUUACCAAAUACUAGUUUAUAAUACACAUCAGCCCAAUGAGUGCCCUUAGCCUGAAGCUAGCCGUUGUUGGCUACGCUGUCACUGUAGCAAUGACGAACCUUGAAGACUGACCUCAUACUGUUCACACUGUGGUAGUCGAAGAUGCCUAGUCACCCACAACUGCCAUGCUGGCAAGGUUGGUUUUUCCCCCCUCCCUCCCCACCCAUGCUGUGGGUUUGCGCGAUUUACAGUUGUUGCUAUACGCUCUCCUGCUCUUUGGGUCCAAUAGCAGGGCAGGUUUGACGGCAGAAAGUAUUGCAGUGGAAGACAGGGCCCAUUGAAGUUG